CUUGUCUGUCAAAAAAGUGACAUAACCUCAAUGCGGCCUCAGACUAUUUAAAAUUUAAAAACAAAUUCACAAUGUAUUAAUAAUAACAGUGCAUUAUUAGAUAAGUAGAUUAAUUAAACGGCAACAUGUUUCAUAAAAUGUGGAGAUCAUACUUUACGAUAUUACAUAAAGACAGAAAUUCCUCCAAAUGCGUGAGAAAUUGUAUAAAACACAUAAAUACAAGCGUAGUUUGCUUAAGCAACGGCAAAAAGGAAGCCAAAGAGGUGGCACCCAAAGGAUUAUUCGAGAAUUUACAGAAUAAAAACCGCGACACUUAUAUAGAAACAAUUAAAAUAUUUGUUAAUCGUGAUGCUAUAUACAGACGAGGGCAUGUUGACUUUAUUUACUCUGCGUUAAAAAAUAUGGAGGAAUUUGGGGUGCAGAAAGACCUUAAGGUUUAUAAGGCUCUAAUUGAUGUAUUGCCCAAGGGAAAGUUCAUACCGCAAAAUAUAAUACAGGCUGAAUUUAUGCAUUAUCCCAAACAACAGCAGUGUAUUAUAGACUUGUUAGAGCAAAUGGAAGACAAUGGUGUUAUGCCAGACUAUGAAAUGGAAGACAUGUUGUUAAAUAUCUUUGGAAAAAAGGGCUUCCCAUUAAGAAAAUUCUGGCGAAUGAUGUAUUGGAUGCCAAAAUUCAAGAAUUUAUCACCCUGGCCUGUCCCCAACCCUCCCCCUGAUGAUAUGUUGGAUCUAGCCAAGUUGGCUAUAGAUAGAAUUAGUUCCAUUGAUGCCCAAUCAAAAACAACAAUAUAUCAUGCCAAUGAUAUAACAGAUUCUAUUGAUCAUACAUGGAUUGUAAGUGCCCAGAGUACAAAGCAAAAAAUGUUGCUUCAGGAAUAUAAUGAAAAAGAUCCUGUUUAUGUUGAGGGUGGUUUUAAAGUAUGGCUUAGGAGUAAAUCUGUUAAUUAUUUUGUCUUAAGAGGCAAACCAAAGCCUAUAAAAGAAGACAAUGAGGACAAUGACAACGUAUCUGGUUUGGAGGUACCUUAUUUUGGUCUCAAGCCCCCAGUUAAGAAAAGUUUAAGCCUGAACACUUCCCAGCAUGAACAGGAAGACGGUAUUAUUUUUUCAGUAUGCGCGACAGGCACUUCAAGUAAGGACUCAUUAUUAUCCUGGAUAAGACAUCUUGAAAAAGAUAACCCAAAACUAGCUACAAUACCCAUUGUAUUUACCCUGAAACAAAUGCCGGGAGAUGUAACUGUCACAGAAGAAACAGACUCAUAAUUUAUUUUUG